GUGGAAAACAUGGCGCCGCCUAUAGCAAGCGCUCUGCAACCUGUCACUCACAUCAUCUUUGACAUGGACGGCCUCCUGCUUGAUACAGAACGAUUGUACACAGUGGUAUUCCAAGAAAUCUGUAACCGGUUUGGCAAAGAAUAUACAUGGGAUGUUAAAUCCUUAGUCAUGGGGAAAAAGGCAUUGCCAGCUGCUGAAAUAAUUCGUGAUGUUCUAGGCCUUCCUAUGACUGCUGAGGAAUUAUUGAAUGAAAGUCAAAUAAAGCAGGAAGACAUAUUUCCUACUGCAUCCUUGAUGCCAGGGGUUGAAAAGUUAAUCUACCAUCUGACUAAGCACAAUAUUCCGAUAGCUGUUGCCACUAGCUCUGCCAAAGUGACAUUUGAAAUGAAAACAAGUAAACACAAAGACUUCUUCAAUUUAUUCCAUCAUAUUGUGCUAGGAGAUGACCCAGAUGUGAAAAAUGGCAAACCGCAGCCCGAUGCUUUUCUUGUUUGUGCAAAGAGGUUUAACCCCCCUGCAGUUUUAGGGAAGUGCCUUGUGUUCGAAGAUGCGCCUAAUGGGGUAGAAGCGGCUCUGGCAGCUGGCAUGCAAGCAGUUAUGAUUCCAGAUGAAAAUCUCAAUCCAGAUCUAACAAAGAAAGCAACAUUAGUGCUUAAAUCCAUGGAGGAAUUUCAGCCGGAAUUGUUUGGCUUGCCACCUUAUGACUAGGAUGCAACGUGAAGAUUUUUUCAUAUUGUCUUCAAAUAAACAACAUUCUAAAGAAAUUAA